AUGAUUAAGUACAGUACAGAAGAAUUGGCAGCAGCUGCAGCAGCCAUAUGGAAAGGGUAUGUGCAGCAAAUGGUGGAUAGGGUGGGAUUUGAAAAUAUAAUUGAAGUAAAUGAAGGAGAAUUACUGUAUGAAAAAGAACCUGAAGAUGAUGGUGAAGAAAUUCAGCUAGAGGAUUUGGAGACAGCGCACCCAGCUUCAGACGAUGUGAAAAUGGAGGUGCAAGAUCCCCUGGAAGAGGUAAAUUUAGGUUCCAUUGAAAAUCCCAGAAUAACUUUCAUUAGUAGUUUGUUGAGUAAAGAUUUGAAAGAACAGGUGAAAGAAGUUCUGUUGGAAUUUAAAGAUUGUUUCGCAUGGAGUUAUGAGGAGAUGCCUGGCUUGAGUAGAGAUCUGGUGGAACAUCGCCUACCGAUCAAACCUGAAUUCAAGCCGCAUCGUCAACCACCCAGGAGAAUGUCAAAAGAGGUGGAGCUAAAAGUCAAAGAAGAAAUUGAAAAGUUGACUAAGGCCAAUUUUAUCAGAACAGUGAGAUAUACUGAUUGGCUGGCAAAUGUAGUACCUGUGGUAAAGAAAAAUGGUAAGCUUAGAAUUUGCAUUGAUUUUCGAAAUUUAAAUGCUGCUACACCUAAAGAUAUGUAUGUUAUGCCUAUAGCCGAUUGUUUAAUUGAUGCAACGGCUGAUCAUGAAUUGUUAUCAUUUAUGGAUGGAUAUUCUGGGUAUAACCAAAUUUUUAUCGCAGAGAAUGAUACCUGGAAGACAGCAUUUAGAUGUCCAGGUGCAAUUGGAACCUUUGAGUGGGUGGUCAUGCCCUUCGGCUUGAAAAAUGCCGGAGCUACCUACCAAAGAGCAAUGAAUGCCAUCUUUCAUGAUAUGAUUGGCAGGAACUUGGAGGUAUACAUUGAUGAUAUCGUUGUGAAAUCUAAAAGAGCUAAAGAUCAUGUGGCUCAUUUGAGAAAUGCUUUUCAAAGGAUGAGAACACAUAAUUUAAAGCUAAAUCCUCUCAAAUGUGCUUUUGGAGUGCAGGCUGGAAACUUUUUAGGAUUUUUGGUUCACCAACGUGGAGUGGAGAUUGAUAAAAAUAAAACCAAAGCAAUCCUAGAAGUUCAGCCGCCUCGUAAUAAAAAGGAAUUACAGAGGUUCCUUGGUCAGGUAAAUUAUUUAAGAAGAUUUAUUUCUAAUUUAGCUGGAAAGACCAAAGAAUUUUCUAACCUUUUGAGAUUAAAAAAUGCUACUGAGUUUAUAUGGGAAAAACAACAUGAACAAGCUUUUGAAAAAAUUAAAGAAUAUCUGUCAAAACCUCCUGUGUUAAUGCCUCCUAAGGAAGGUAUUCCUUUGAAAUUAUAUAUUUCAGCCGCUACAGAAUCUAUUGGUUGUUUACUGGCACAAAACAAUCAAUCAGGUCAUGAGCAGGCUGUUUACUAUUUAAGUAGGUCUCUAGUACCUACAGAGGUUAGAUAUUCUCCCAUAGAAAAACUUUGUCUAGCAUUAUAUUUCUCUUGUGUAAAAUUGAGGCAUUAUCUAGUACGGUCAAGAGUUUACAUAAUUUCUCAGACGGAUAUUGUAAAAUACAUGUUGAAUAAGCCAGUGUUAAGUGGUAGGAUAGGUAAGUGGUUGCUUGCUUUAUGUGAAUUUACACUAAUCUAUUGCCCUCAGAAAUCUAUGAAGGGACAGGCACUGGCAGAUUUUAUAGCCGAUCAUCCCACAAGUGAAACUUUGCGAGAAGGAGACCUAGAGGUUUACGCAGUGGAAGAAAGUGUAUGGGAAUUCAAGUUUGAUGGUUCAUCAACGGAAAGAUCGGCUGGAGCAGGAAUCAUUAUCACAUCUCCUACAGGCGCCAAGACGGCUUUAUCCUUUAAGCUGGACUUUGAGUGUACCAACAACCAGGCGGAAUACGAGGCUCUUGUGAUUGGUUUGGAGAUUCUACAAACGCUUAGAGCCAAAAAUGUGAUCAUAAUGGGUGAUUCUCAACUUGUUUUGAAGCAAUUAUCAGGGGAGUAUAAUUGCAAUAGUUUAUCUCUAGCACCUUACUAUACUGCCUCAAUUCAGUUGCUUAAUUGCUUUGAUGAGGUAUCUUUUGUGCAUGUUCCCAGGGAAUCUAACUGGGAAGCUGAUGAACUAGCUCAAAUUGCUUCUGGUCUAAGAAUGUCAGGAGAAUUAACCCACAAGUUUUUAGCGGUUGAGAAAAGACGUCAUCCAUCAAUUCAAGAAAGAGGAAUCCAAAUAGAGAUUUUUGAUAUUGGAGUCACCACGGCAGUUGAUUGGCGUUAUGACAUCAGAAGAUAUUUGGAGAAUCCUGGAAUGAGAAUGCCGCACAGGGUGAGAGUGCAGGCCACCAAUUAUGUCUUGAUGGAAGAUGAGCUAUACAGAAAAGGGUUUGACGGCGUCUUGCUAAGAUGUCUUUCUCACCCAGAAUCUCUUGAAGUGAUGAGGCAGGUCCAUGAAGGAGUAUGUGGAGCGCACCAAGCUGGAACUAAGAUGAGGUGGCUGGUCAGGAGAUAUGGUUAUUUCUGGCCAUCAAUCCUGAAAGAUUGUAUCAAGUAUGCCAAAGGAUGUCGACAAUGCCAGAAGUAUAAUAACAUCCAAAGAGUUCCAGCGGAUGAUUUACAUUCCCUCGUCAAACCUUGGCCAUUCAGAGGUUGGGCCAUUGAUCUCAUAGGAAAGAUUUAUCCUACUUCUUCCAAAGGGCAUAGUUUCAUUGUGUUAGCCACAGAUUUUUUCACAAAAUGGGUGGUGGCUAAACCUUUGAAAAAUACUGGUCAAGAGGAUAUAAUUAAAUUCAUUAAGGAAGAAAUUAUUCACCAGUUUGGGAUUCCUCAGUCAAUUACCUCUGACCAAGGUACUAUGUUCACAGGGCAAGAGAUGAAAGAUUUUGCAGAAGAUUAUGGUAUCAUGCUGUUAAAAUCCACGCCACAUUAUGCACAAGCCAAUGGACAAGCAGAAGCAUCAAAUCAAGUGAUAAUUAAGAUCUUGGAGAAAAUGUUAGCAGAUAAUCCAAGAAGCUGGCAUAAAGUUUUGUCAGAGAGUUUGUGGGCCUAUAGAAGUUCUAAAAGAGAAGCUACUAGAGUAAGCCCUUUUGCCUUGGUAUAUGGCCAUGAUGCGGUAUUACCUAUGGAAAUCGUCAUUCCUUCGUUAAGAGUGGCUGAGCAAAAUGGUUUGACAUCUGAUGAAUAUUCUGUGGCUAUGUUGAUGGAGUUGGAAGCAGUGGAUGAAGAGAGGUUACAGGCUCUCAAUAGAAUGAUUGUGCAAAAGAAGAAAAUUGCAAGAGCCUAUAACAAAAGGGUAAAAAAGAAGAGUUUCAUUGAAGGAGAGUUAGUGUGGAAGCUGAUCUUGCCACCUGGAAGCAAAGACAGAGAGUUUGGAAAGUGGUCGCCCAAUUGGGAAGGACCAUUUAAAAUACAUCGUGUUUUGGAUGGUAAUGCUUAUUGGUUGGCAAGUUUGUCAGGAGAACCCCACAAGAGAUUUAUAAACGGGAAAUAUUUGCAAAAGUAUUUCCCAACUAUAUGGGAAAGGGGAAGGAAUGAGUAA